AUGUCAAGCACAUUAGCCCAAAAAGGAUUAUUGGCGUUAUCGAUAGUGCUUAUAUUUAUCGGGAUUUGUUUGACGAUCGGCGGCGCUUUCUCACCGGCAUGGCAGGUUGUCGAUAUUCGAGAAUUUCGAGCCGAGCAUCAGCAUGGACUUUGGUGGGAUUGCAUCCGUGCUGAAAAACACGUUGUCGCUGUUGGCGAUUUCUACGAUGAAACGCCACUUCACUGCAUGUACAAGUUUGACAAUUCUGCUGAGCUUGUCAUCCAGAACACUUUGAACAAUAUUGAUGAAGACGGUGCCGCUGGAGAAUCGGAACACCAUCGAUUCUGGGCAUGGCACAAGGCAAUUCUUUUCUUCAUCGUUACUUCAGAAUUCCUUGCGUUCAUCUCAAUUUGCGCCGGCGUCUGUGCGCCAUGCUUCACACCAACCGCUUUUGCCUUCUCCAUCUCCCUCUUUAUUGCCAUGCUCUGCUCAUUGCUCUCUGACGGCAUUUUCUUCUUGGCAGCCAACCGAGUCGAUAAUCGAUUUGUGCAAGGAAUGGUCGGAACCUACGAGCAAAGAAUCGGCUACGCGUUCUAUUUGCAUUUGAUGGGAACCGUUUGCUGGGUGCUCGCCUUCAUCUGCGCUCUCAUGACCACCUACAAAUUCGUGUCAGGAAACCAAGACGACGGAAGCAAAGAAAACCUGUUCACCUGGCAACAGCAGUCGCAGCCCGCCACACUCAGCGUACACAAUUUGCCUUAUCAUCGCGAGGAGCCGCUUCUUGAUGAGAAGUUCCCACAAUAUCCGUCAACUGCCUACAGACCAAGCCCACAGGUGCCCUACCGAACUACCAGUAUAACUCAAUAUCGGGAGACUAGUGCCUAA